GCACGGAGCGCACGUCAACUUUCAUCUAUAUCUCUCUCUCUCUCUGUCUAAUUUCGAAAUUCACCUUCAAAUAGCAAUAACACCCGUGAUCUUACUGUGAUUUUGUGUUUGUUACUGAAGCUGUAUGUUAUGUAACAGGUUCAAAAAGAAUUAUGGACUGUUACAAUUGAAAAUAUAUUACAUCGAUAAGUCUGUGAUAAGAAUAAAAUAGUGCUUUAUGUUGUUUUUAUCUGUUAAAAAUUGUUCGCGCGUUAUUUGUUGCGGUUUCAAAAAUAGAAUUCGAAAAUAGAAUUCAAUGUUGUGUUGCCAUUUAAAAAAUGACAUCGCAAGAGUCAACGAUGACGAAGAAUUUUUUGACCGUCACCAGCAUCGUCAACGAGGGCAUCAAAAGCUCGAAAAUCUCGCAGCUCGGUCUCUCCAAGUAUUUGUCACAAUCCCUAGCGCAACUCGAGACGACAUCCACCAGCUCCCCGCAAGCGAAGUCGCCAGCGGGCAGUAGCGCGGGCGCCGCAGCCUCCGCGUCCACCGCCCAGGGCGAGAGGACCCCCACCGCCCACAACAAACAGCUCCAGAAUGUCAAGGGACAAGACCACCCGGCGCAUCCCAGCAUGGCGUUCCUCCAGAACCGGUCGAUAUCGCUGGUUGACAUGUACAUUGACAACUCGGAGCCCUCAGAGAACGUCGGCCAGAUACACUUCUCCCUCGAGUACGACUUCCAGAACACCACGCUCAUACUGAGGAUCAUCCAGGGCAAGGAGCUACCGGCGAAGGAUCUAAGCGGCACGUCCGACCCGUACGUGCGCGUGACGCUGCUGCCUGACAAGAAGCACCGGCUGGAGACCAAGAUCAAGCGGCGCACGCUCAACCCCCGGUGGAACGAGACCUUCUACUUCGAGGGGUUCCCCAUACAGAAGCUGCAGAGUCGGGUGCUACACUUGCACGUGUUCGACUACGAUCGCUUCUCGAGGGAUGACUCCAUCGGUGAAGUGUUCUUACCUCUAUGUCAGGUGGAUCUGAGCGAGAAGCCGUCAUUCUGGAAGGCUCUGAAGCCGCCCGCGAAGGACAAGUGCGGGGAGCUGCUGACGUCACUGUGCUACCACCCCAGCAACAGCGUGCUUACCCUCACCCUGCUGAAGGCGAGGAACCUCAAGGCGAAAGACAUUAAUGGGAAAUCAGAUCCAUACGUAAAGGUGUGGCUACAGUUCGGCGACAAGCGGAUCGAGAAGCGCAAGACGGCGGUGUUCAAGUGCACGCUGAACCCCGUGUUCAACGAUGCCUUCUCGUUCAACGUGCCGUGGGAGAAGAUCAGGGAGUGCUCGCUGGACGUGCAGGUCAUGGACUUCGACAACAUCGGCCGCAACGAGCUCAUCGGCCGGAUACUACUGGCUGGUAAGAACGGUUCAGGCGCGUCGGAGACGAAGCACUGGCAGGACAUGAUCACCAAGCCGCGCCAGACCAUCGUGCAGUGGCACCGCCUCAAGCCCGAGUAGGCGACCUGUUGACACGCGACAAGCGAAGCGUCGUAAGACUGAAAGUUAAAAAAAAAAACAUAAAAUCGCAAAAAAUUAAAAUUUCCGCAAUCUCUAUUUUAAUACAAUAUUUUUGAAUUUACAAUGUAAAGGUAGAUUUUUCCAUAAAACCAAUUUCGAUUUCCUUGCGAUCUACCCUAUUUUCCUUGGAAUACAAAAACCGAAACAAUACAAAUAAUAUACAAGGUCAAACUAAGAAAUCUUAAGAAAAUCUUUUAAGGUUUUACAAAAUUAUGUAUUUUUUGAACGAUUGUUGAAUACAUACUGUUUAUACAAUAUUGUAUUAUAAUAUAGAUUGUUCCUGGCUUCUCUCGUCGUCUAUCUUGUACGUAUCUUUUCUAAGUCUCCUGCGGCUUGAUCCUUAUGCUACGAAAGAAUAUUCCCCUAAGGGGAACAUUUUUAGAAAUCAAAAAUUCUACAUACUGCAUAAGGAUUAAGCUGCGAUCCUCGGUGAAUCUUCUGAUGUAAUUUUAGUCAACGUAAAUUAUUCAUAGCAGCUGGUCUGUGUACUUAUUAGUAGUUCUACAUGUAGAGUUUGUGUGAACUUCAAAAGAUAACAUAGACGAAAUAGAUUUAUUUAGCCAUCGAAAUGAAACAGAGUUAGGUUUCAGUUCUCUACUAUAUUUUAACGUUAAUCAUUUAAAUUUUUACUUGACAAAGAAUUUCUGAUAUACUUUUCCUUGUAUUAUUUAAAAAAAACUGUACAGUACACUCAGCUAUCGCUAAAUACGACGAAAUCUAAGAAAUAAAUUGUAUAAAAUUUGAUAUAAAUAUUGUUACGGGUACGUGUGAUUAAGGCUAAUCCAUCGUUAUGUAUUAAAGAGAAGGCAUUUUAAAGAAUAAAAUAGAAGUGGAUAUUUGAAAUGUGAAAACGACGCUUAUAUAUCAAAUCCAAUACAUUUUUGUUAUCGAAUGUAGUCUUCGUAAAUAGCGAUAACGACUUGGCUUAAAGCUAAAUUGUGAAUGAAACUCUUGAGGAAAUACCUUGUAUCAUCUGUAUAUUCUAGUAGUCGUCUAAAAUUUCUUAUUCGCUGUGGACUUUCUAUAAUCUUAUUGAAGUUUUAUUAAUAUUAAGAGUUGAAUGUAAUUUAAAUAAUUGAUUAGAUGUUAGGUAUAUGAUAAUAUUGUUAAUGUAGAGAAAUUAUGUACAUUUAUUAAUGUCGAGAUCGCAUCGCACAAAAUGAGUAGAUUUUUCAUUAUCAUGUUUUAGCUGUUGUUUCGAUGCUCUGCGCUAAGAGGUCGAAAGUAUACCGUAUGGUCUUAGCUGGUUCGAAUAAUUUGAAGGUUAAUAACUAACCCGUAAUCUAAUAAAACAGGACUAACAUGUACAAAAUUAAAAAAAGCGAACAUGUGUCUUUGCCUUAUACUUUGUAAAAGCCAAAGACAGUUACGAGUUCUGCCUUAUUAUUUGUUUCUUCGUAAGGUAUCUUACAAGGUAUCUAUUGUGUUCGAAGAUACUAAAUAUACUAAUGAAUUUUAAUAUAUAUUUCAUCAUCAUCCACUUAGAAUUAAAAAAUCUCUAAGUUCUAUGGUAUCCUUUCGAUCUUCUCAAGCAGGGAUGUGUUAAAACGGUUUGUUAACACGUGUUUAUUUGUACGUUACGUGUUACGUGUUUAAGUAAUUUGGUAGGGCUAUACACCUGAGCGUAUAUUGUUAGGGAUUGUAUAGAGCAGGUCGAGGGAGUGGUGUAAGGAGUAGUUUUAAGAGACGUGGCUUGUAUCUGAUAGGUAGAGGAGGUGUUUUCUCUUGAAAGUGUGAUAAACUUGACUAUGUGGUGUGCUUGCAUAGUUUUUCUUGAUAAAUUUAUGCAUCUGAGGUAUUUUUAACUAAACAAUUGAUCAGCUAAAGAAUUCUUGAAAUAAAACUCGAAGAUUUACGGUAGUAAAAAAAUUGAAGUCUUCUAAAAUAAAAUACUAUGAAAGCACACCCAUAAUUUCCAAUUACCUGCGCUGGAAUAAAAACUGCCAAAUAUUUCGAAAUUCCCUACUCAUUCUUUUUUCUUCCUUAAUAAACGGCAGGCACUUAUAAUUAACUUAUAUUUUUUAUGAAAGUUUUUUCAUUGACAUAGCAGCUCUCUAAAUGAAGAAAAUUAUUCCGAGUAGUUUAUAGUUACCAAACGCUAUAUUUAUUGUUUUUA